ACUCUGUGCCCGCUGUCGUGCCAGUUGACUCUGUGCCCGCUGUCGUGCCAGUUGACUCUGUGCCCGCUGUCGUGCCAGUUGACUCUGUGCCCGCUGUCGUGCCAGUUGACUCUGUGCCCGCUGUCGUGCCAGUUGACUCUGUGCCCGCUGUCGUGCCAGUUGACUCUGUGCCCGCUGUCGUGCCAGUUGACUCUGUGCCCCGCUGUCGUGCCAGUUGACUCGGUGCCAGUUGACUCGCUUGGUGACUCGGUGCCCGCUGACUUGCCAGAUGGCUCGGUGCCCGCUAACAUGCCCGGGUGACUCGGUGCCCGCUGACUUGCCAGAUGGCUCGGUGCCCGCUGACUUGCCAGGUGACUCUGCCCGCGGUUCUGCUAGAUGGCUUGGUGCCCGCUGACGUGCCCUGCUGUCGUGCCAGAUGACUCGGUGCCCGCUGACGUGCCUCUGCCCGUUGCACAGCC